AUGUCCCCGAGCUCUUUUCCCCAGCAUGAUGGCGCUCUGCCAUCGUCGAUCCCGAGCGACCCGACGCCGCCCACGGUCGCGGCAUUCUCGCCGACGAACAUAUCUGGCUCGUCAUUGACAUCAAAACACCGAUCUACCAUCAUCGUUCACAGAAAAUCACCCCUCUUAGUCGCUACUCCUCCGGCUGUUACUCGCGCUUUGGCCUACUCUCAUCCGUUUUUGCUGCCUUUGAAUCGCCUACUCGGAUUGAUAUCAUGGACAAGCGGAGACCCAUGGGAAAGCUUUCUUCUUGUGGCCGUCUUUUGGGCAGCUACCCUUUACGGGGAUGCCAUAAUACUGUGGGCUGGUCCAGUUCUUGUAGUGAUAGGCCUGAUACUUGGCAUGUAUUCUCGGCGGUACUCGCCUCUCUCCUCGACCGGGCUGACCGGGGAGAAACACCGGCCUCGGAAGGGAGGCGUGGACGCUGCUUCCCGGAAUCAUAAGACAUUGGAUGAGAUUGUGGAGUCCUUAAGGGAAUUAACGAUGAGAUGUAACAUCAUGUUGGAGCCUCUGAUUGAAUGGACCGACUUUCUCUCCACCCAACGGACAGCUACUUCAGCUACAACUCGACCUGCUCUCACAGCUCUCCUGACCCGUAUAAUCCUCAUCACGCCGCUAUGGAUCAUCCUUUCGCUCCCACCUUUCUAUGUCAUUACCACCCGCCGAGUUGUGAUAUCAGCCGGCACUAUUAUCCUAACCUGGCACUCAAAGCCAGCAAGGAUAUUUCGAGUCAUCCUCUGGCGCUCCCUGACGAUCCGGCGCGUAUGCUCCAUAAUUACAGGGCUUCAAUUUUCCGAGAAACGGAAUAAUGAGGGCGAGCAGGCUCCAAUUUCAGCGCCCCUUUCCCUAUUUUCCAUCCGCCCAUUUCGAUCUAAGCGCGCUCAGCAGUCGACCGAGAUAUAUACCAAGAGAAGACGGGCUGACUCACCGGGCGUGCGAUUUACUUUUGUCUUGUAUGAAAACCAACGGCGAUGGCUCGGCAUUGGUUGGACAACAUCGCUCUUUGCCUAUGAGCGUGCGGCUUGGACUGAUGAGCAUUUGAACUCGGCGCCGUCCAAGGACGACUUUGAGCUCCCUGAAACCCAGGCGGGAACGUCAAGAUGGCGUUGGGUUGAGGGCAGUGAGUGGCACGUGGAAACGUUUGACUCCAAUGGCAAGGCACCUGCCAGAGAGGGAAAAGAAGAUAUCGAUGCUGGUGGCUGGAUAUAUUAUGACAGUAAAUGGAAUGACGGUCGUCGUGGCCAAGACAGCUGGAAUCGAUACACUAGACGUCGCAAGUGGUGCCGCGAUGCUGAACUUGUUGAGACCACACCAAGCACCACGAAUACUCCGAAGGAGGAAACGGAUCCCGCCUCGUGCACAACUACCGGCCGGAAGCCAGACGAGGAGAGGAGCAAACCAGGCUCCAAUAAUGAGAACAAAGGAGUAAAGCCGCGGAAGCGCGGCUGGUUUGGCAGCACAAGUAGUAGCAUGGCCAAACCACCAGCACCGUCGGCGGACGGAGCUUCGUCCAGUCCGCCCGAUCACACAGCCAGCGCACUACUGUCGUCAUCUCCAGAGGAAGGCAGCAGCCAGGCAGCCCAACGCCACAAGAAAACGCCGAGCGUCAGCAGCAGCGCGCGGAGCGUGCCCAUGGGCGCCUCUUUAAGUGCAAGAAGCGGCAACAGCGGCGGCGGCGGCGGGCGAGGAGGACGGCGGACCAGCCGGACACGCGGCAGCGUGACGGACGAGGACCGGGAGAGCCUGGCGCGAAGCGUGCGCGAGAAGGAGAUGGAAGAGCAGGAAAACGUCGUUGAUCAGUGGGACACAAGGCCCGGAGGAGCGGCAGAGCGGGUGGAGCGGGCUUGGGGGUUGGGAGAUGAGGCGCACAUGGGGUUGAGUUAG